AAUAGCGUACGAAAGCAGGCGUCAGGCGUGAGAGGUAGAAACUACACACCGGACGCGAUUUUUGAUGCGGACCCUACAACUACGAGGGAGCGACUACCCCAAAAGCCCUUGUUUCUCGCCUCUUCUAUAUUUUUUCCUUUCCGGUUUUGCACUCAAUCCCCUCUCCCUCUCCCUCUCUCUGUCACUCUGAGGAUCGAUUUGGGGGCCAAGUUCAAUGGAUAACAUCAAUGACAAGAAUUAUAAUCACGAGGAAUCAAGCCCAUUCUUGAGUAAGCAAGUCGGAGAAGAAGAAAAAGAUGCACAGAAACCCAGCAAGCCCACCGACACCAAGGCUGACACCGUCACUAUCUCGCCCGGGACCAAAGCUCCGGCUCCGGGACCGGGAAAUAUUGGUGGAUACGGCUGGACAGCAGACGGGUUGCCAUUGGGACACGGGAGUGUGAUGGGCGAGCCGAUGGGCAGGGCCCACUGGGACUCUUCUCUCUUCGCCUGUCUUGGACGCAACGACGAGUUCUGUAGCAGCGAUCUUGAAGUUUGUCUUCUUGGAAGUGUGGCUCCUUGUGUGCUGUAUGGAAGCAAUGCUGAGAGACUUGGAUCCAGUCCUGGCACUUUUGCAGAUCACUGCUUGCGUUAUUCUGGUCUAUAUUUGAUUGGGAAUUCCGUUUUUGGUUGGAAUUUCCUUGCACCAUUGUUUUCACACUCUAGCCGUACUGCCAUUCGUCGGAAGUUCAACCUAGAGGGAUAGUUUGGGCAAUACACAUGUAGAAAAAUGCACACAUGUAGGACAACAACUUUGUUCUUCUUUUUAGAGUAAAUGAACGUGCAGCAAAGAGAUCACUCGGACAGCCAACAGCAGGAGCACACAAGCAUCAUCACAUUGGACACAGCACACACUCGGCAUGCAGCAACAAGACCCUUGGACAGCACGUUGCAACACAAACUCACACAUGCUAAAAGCACACCCACUCACUUGGAUCUGCAGCAGCUGCUGUAGCAAGGAAAAGCACAAUGCACAUGCAAACAAUGCAAACCAUUCGGACCACAUGGACAGCACACAUGCAGCAGGAACACAGCAACAGAAAGAAUCAUUCGGAAAGCAGCUCACACAUGCACAUGCAGAACAACAACCACUCAUUCGGAUGUGCACACAUGCAGAACACAUGCAGAACAGAAAGCAGGAGAAGAAUCUGCAGCAGAUCAUGCAUGGACCGAAAGCAGCAGCAGGGGGCAAGCAGCUGUUUUUCUUGACUUUUACUUUCAUUCUUCUUGCUUCUGCACAUGGAAGGUCAAACUCUGCAUGCUUAAACAAAUCACGUUAAUCAGGACAGCAAGAAAUCACAUGGGAUAGCUGGACCGAAAGCAGCAGCAAGGGGCAAGCAGCUGUUUUUCUUGACUUUUACUUUCAUUCUUCUUGCUUUCGGUUUGACAGCAGCUGGAACAGCAGGCCCUCAGCACAUGGAUAUGCGCUGGAUCGUGAAAGACGCUGGGAAAAGUCUUUAUUUAUCAUUUCUUUUGUGAGGAAUUGGGGUACAGGAGGGUAGACCUUCUUUCUUUCUUUUUUUUUUUUUCGUUUAAGACAGGGCAGUAGCUUAGUUUAUUAUUAUUCUUCUUUCUUUUUCAGUCGGCUGGUUUUCAUUUUUAUUUUAAAAAACGCUGUCUUCGUUUGGACGGAGGGUGUUCUUACAUUCAUUUUUUUCGUUUCAGUUUUAUUCCAUUGGGUGGCUUGUUUAUUUUUUUUCUUUUCGUUCUUGUUAGUUUAGAGUUUAAGAGACGGUUGGAAUUUAUUUUCUGUUACUUUUACCUUUUCGUUUACGUUGCUUCUUGUAGUUUUUAUACUUGUUCCUUUCUCUUUCGUCCGGACAAUAUUAGUUUUCAUCUCAUUUGAAUAUUUUCUCACAGAUUUUAAUAUGGCUUUGUUUAGAUUAAUUUUUAUUGUUAAAAA